AUGCGACUAACAAUAGCGCUGGAAUACCUGCAUAUUCCAGAGGACCGGAGCCUGCUGGAGAGGCAAACAAAGAACGCCGCGAAACCGCGUGCCUCGUGCUUAUUGACUGACCCAAAAAUGUGCUUCGUUACGCAAUACGGCAGGGCAUCGGUAUACGAUAGACAAGAGCUGCAUGUACUAUUUCACUGCCUCGUUCCUGCAUGA